AUGGAGAGGAAAAAAAGCACCGUGUUUUCUGGAUGCAUUGUUCUGUGUUUGUCGUUUAGCAUCCACCCCAACCUGCGGUCGGUAAUCUACUGCCAAGCUGUGGCUGCUGGCGGGAAGAAAGAGUGGGAGUUUGCCUGGGAAAAGUUUCUGAGCUCCGCCGACACGUCCGAGAAAGAGCAGCUCAGAGAAGCUCUGUCCUGCUCCAAGAAGACCUGGCUCCUCAACAGAUACCUGGAAUACACUUUGGACCCUGACAAGAUACGUCUGAUGGACGUCACUUCUACCAUCAACCUCGUGGCGGAAAACGCCGCGGGACAAGCGCUGGCCUGGAACUUCAUGAGAGCCCACUGGGAUUACGUCAGUCAGGGGAAUGCAGCUGCACUGGUUGAGGGAGUGACCAGGAGGUUCUCCACAGAGUUUGAGCUGCAGGAGCUGAGGCGCUUCAAGGAGGAAAUGGGGAAGUACGGCCCCUCCAGAGCCGUAGAGCAGGCCAUCGAGCAAACCGAAGUGAACAUCCAGUGGGUCAAGGAGAACCGAGACGUCGUCCUGGAGUGGUUUGAAAAAGAGACGGCCCAUCUAGACUAAGCAAAGCUUCAGAUGUUCCAUGGACGGUUUUCAGGCUACUGUAAAAUCUGACGACGGAUAAAAAGGAAGGAUUUGACAGGCUUCAGUUAAUCAGACAGCAGUGGCACGAGGCGUAGCACAGACGACAGGAGAUGCGCCCCUGUUUGUGUAAAUAGUAAUGAACGUUAUUUAUAGUGUAUUCAAUGCAAACAGUAAAAACAUGAGAUUUUAUUCCCUUUUCUGAAUUCUGCAUGUGCCGCUCGAACAAAAACCCGCAGUAAAGAAGUCUUUAUAUUGGAUUUUGUGUCUAUGUUUCUGCAGCCGAUUUUUCUGAGAUAUAAUAAAUGUUUUGAUUGACUGGUGGUUGGAUAAUCAUUUUUACUGUCCUAAUACAAGGCUUUCAGUAAAAAAAUAAAUAAAUGUUUAAAUUUUCCAGUCUUUUAAUGCUGCUGGUUUUCAAACCCACAAACAUCCGCAUUACGUCUUAAAGUCUGUUUGUGCAUCAUAAAUGUCCAAAUCAAAGGCCCCCAUCUCUGUUAUUGUUUUCAUUUGCCUGAAAUUGUUGCUUUUAAUUUAAAAAAGAAAAACAUCAACACUGAGCCUUUUCAUUUUGUCUGUGUUAUUUUAGUUUUGACAUGAGGGAAACGGGAAAUGCCUCGUUACCCGAGUCUGAACCGAAAUGGGAUGUAAUCAGACACAACUUGUUUUAAUUGCCAGUUUGUUUUUCCUGAGGAUGCUCUUACUGCACAACAAGCUCGUAACCAUGUAAGAUGAUGUACUAUUUAGGCUUUGACAAAUAAAAUUUACUGAAUGUGCGGGGAAAAAAAAGGUGGAAAUUAACUCUUCA